UCAUUGGCUGGCGGAAACGCAAGUGAGCGCUUGUGCGGGUAUAAAUGCCGAGCUGAGACACGCCACAGAGCAGAACGCUCGCUCGCUCGCCCAGGACAGAUCACAGGAAGCUCCGCCCCCUCUCGCCGACAUGCAUCCACAGCGCACAGCAGUCUUCGCCCUGACCUUGGUGACCAUCAUGUUCUCAACGCCAGCAAAGUCCACAGAACCCACGGAGAACCCGUUCCGAUCGGCAGAACCCACGCAGAACGCUGCGGUCUCCUCCACAGGGAGUGAGCGGACUCCCCGAGUCCUGAAGUUGCUGGGUCUUUGCUCUGGAGACGAUCAGGCGUUCUGUCUGAACGGCAAAUGCAUCUACCACCCCGACCUGAACAGGCCCACCUGCAGCUGUCCACAGAAUUUCAGAGGGGAACGGUGUGAGCACAUGCUGCUGGACGUACACAGCGAUACCAACCGUGAAAAAAUAAUCGCCAUCGGCGGUGGUGUGGCCCUGCUGCUCUGCGCCAUCAUUGCUGUCCUCUACUGCUGUUUGAAGAAGAGGUGCGCGAAAGAAAAGCCUUAUCAGAUCUGCCAGUCAACUCUUGCAAUCUGAGCCGAGCCGAGUCCACGCUGUUGGAGAGGCAUUCCUGCUGAGAGGGCCUGCUUCUGCCUGCCGUCCGGCACCAUCACAUUCCACCCAACCGCUCCACCAUCUCCCCUCUCCACCGUUCCACCACCUCCCCUUUCCACUGCUCCUGAUCCUCCUUGCGAAUAUACCAAGAGAAGCCACACAUUACCCAUUGCACAAAAGCUACACAGCGUGCAUACAACACACUACACACCACACACGCUACACGCCACUCAAACUACACACCACACACGCUACACACCAUUCAAACUACACGCCACACAUGCUACACACCACUCAAACUACACGCCACACAUGCUACAAGCCACAUACACCAAACACCACACACUCUACAACACACAGUAAUGGCAGGAAAUUUUACAUCAUUCACAACAUCUUUAUAAGACAGCAUCAUGUACAAGGGUAUUUAUUUAAAAAUAAAUUAU